CUUUCAUUUUGUUUACGCCGUAUAGCUCACCGAUUGCAGUUGGGCCAUCAACAAGGCGCGAGCAUAAACAGCGAUACUAACAUGGCCGGCUUCGUGGCGGUGCACACAGGGGCUGGGAAUUGCAUCGACGAGACCAAGUACCAGCGGGUGAUCAAAGAAGCCUGUCUGCGGGCCACGGACAUUCUACGGAACGGAGGUAGCGCCCUAGACGCAUGCGAGGCGGCCAUUGUUCGGCUGGAGAACUGCGGUUACACAAACGCCGGCUAUGGCUCUAAUCUUUGUAUGGACGGGUCAGUGCAAUGCGAUGCGGCCAUAAUGGAUGGCUCCACUCUGAACUUUGGAGCAUGCACUAAUGUCAGUCGAGUAAAAAAUCCUAUCCAACUGGCAAGACGCAUCUGUGAUGCCCAGUCAAGUGCACAGCUCCUGGAGCGCAUUCCACCAAUGAUACUUGCCGGCACUGGAGCGGAACGUUAUGCAGACGAGGUGGGAUGUUCCAUGGUGGAUCCCGCCGUGCUGAUCUCAUCAAAAGCCAAAUUCCAAUUUAAUCACUAUAAGACCAAGUACGAUAUGGUGGUCAAUACCAGAUUGAACAAGGCGGCCUCUGAAGAAUCCGUACCAGUACCGGAGCCAGGAAACGAAGUUGAAUUGGCAGCCGCUUUGGACACCGUGGGUGCGGUGUGUGUGGAUGGGGCUGGGAACACAGCAGCUGGUUGCAGCUCUGGUGGAAUACUUCUAAAAGUGCCAGGCAGAGUGGGCCAGGCGGCGACUUAUGGAGCCGGUUGCUGGGCCACCGAUACGGACGAAUUGGCUAUUGCCACCUGCACAACCGGAAACGGUGAGUACCUGAUGAAAACGCUGUUGGCCAGAGAGAUAUGCCACGGAGCCUUUAGCAGUGAUUGUGCGGUGACCAGUCUGCAUAAGACGUUCAAGCAAAAGUUCCUGGAUUCUCCACUGCUUCCACGACAGCAGGAUCUCUAUGCUGGAGCUCUCACACUACUGUAUUACCCGGGCCAAAGCAGCGGUGAGGUGAUGUGGAGCCACACGACGCAGUCGUUCUGUGUCGGCUACAUGGCAACCAACCAGAGGGUGCCAAAGUUUGUGCAUUCGCCGCUGCCCACGUACAGCGUCCCGGGCCGAUCGUGCGUCGUCAAUGGCCAUAAUUUCCAUUUGCGCAUUUAAAUGUGGGCUGGCCAACUAGCCCCAGCCCCCAGCCAUCACCCGGCUGCUCCUGGUCUUGCUGCUUUGCAUCUGCAAUUCAUUUGAUUUAAUGUUUAAUUGCCGCGACAAUCGCUGCCAAUGACAUAUGGCAGCAAAAAGCGCCGGAGGAGUCGGGGAAGAAUUAUGUAUAUGCUGCUUUCACUCGACGAAAUAUUAAGAUAAUUAAGCGAGAAACUUUUAUUGUAAAAUCUCGUAGAUCGUAAUGUGUGCAGUACUAGUAGUAGCAAUGAAAUAAGAUUUCGAAUGUUGUUCCCCUCGACGAACCGGGUGCGCUAGAUAAAUCAGUCGGCGGCAUGCGAGUUGGUUCGGAAUAUCAUAUUCGAGGCAUAUGUUUGUAUCCGUUUGUAUAUUUAGACGCGCUGACUUGUGUGCGCAUCUGUGUGUUUAUGUCCAAGUGUUUACGGCCAUCAAUGUACAGAACUUAACCCAUUAAUUUCAGCUAAAUAGAAGCCACAGCAUGCACACACAAAAUCAAGGUCUCUAGUAUUGCGAGUUGUCCUCAACAUGAAUAUUUAAUAAUUGUGAAAAUGCUUUUACUUUUAGCGUAAACCGAUUGUACAUACAUACACAUAUGACGCGAACUGUUUUUAUCGCAACAUUCAUACAUAUUCAUUUCUCCGUUUAUGGGGUUUUGGCUAAUAAUCUUAUGGUAUUUCAUGGCAUAUAAAAUGCUAAACAUCUCGAGGCUUUUUCAAACUACAUACACCCCCAACAAUUGAGUUCCAUUAGCUGAUUAUUAAACUGCCCAAGUUCGUUUCUUUGAUUUUAGUGAUAUUUAAAAUCGUAAGAUCACAAUAACGACUAAUCAGCAAUAGUUAACUCAUAAACGUAACGUAAAUAUUAUCUCAGAUUUAUUAAAUGAUUAAAGAUUGUUUACAAAUCUAA